GUUUUAUCUGUGAUGUUUUUUGUCAUCUUGUUAUGUAUAAAAAAAAGGCAGAAAAUGGUGAAAGAAACUAAUUUCGUGAAUGAACAAAUUCACGGGCCAGAGACAGAAUUAAAUACAUACAGCGGCACUCAUUCCGAGGUAAACAAAAGUGAAAGUAUUGAACCUCAUCAUCAAUCAGAGGAUAAAGAAAAGAAAGACGACAGUGUGUUGGAGAACGAUGAUUAUAGUCAUCUACAUGAUAUCGUAAGGGAAAAAGAAUCAUACAGUGGUAAUACAUACACUACUCUGACGAAUUGUAAAUCAGAGACAGGUGAUGACGUCAACGAGAGCGAGCUGUACAACCAUUUGAGGGAGACGAGCGUUCACGAAGCAGACGACAUUUAUAAUCACGUGAUAGACGAAAACGACUGCGAAUACAGCUUUGCAGAUUCUACUAGAGACUCAGAUGCAUUUUGUAACUAUGAUCACAUUGUACAUCCUAGUACACAAGAUAAUUUUGAUGAUUACAGAUAGCCGAAUAUUUGAUUUGUGGAGAAUCGAAUUUGAAAGCAGAAGACAUAUUUUGUCAAUAUUUUUACACGU